AUGUCAUCCAAAGGUCAUGACCGUCAAAAGAUUUUGAGCAAAGAGCAAAAUGUGGGCCUUACAAAAGAGUAGUAUGAAAAAAAAUAUUUAUUUCAUCGUUUAAAAGAAAGAUUUUUACAUAGCUAGGAUUUAUCACUAGAAACAAUUACUCCAGAGGGACAUGAAAACAUUUAUUUACCAAUGGAUAUUCAAACUCCGACUUAAGCAGAUGGUUUAAGUUAUGAGGAUGAAUAGGCUCUUAGGAUGCACGGUGCUUAAAUUUGUUUCCAAGCCUGCAAUCACUUAAAAUUACCAUUAACAACAGCCAUUACAAGCUUAGUAAUAUUUCAUAGAUUUUUUGCUAAGAAUUCUUUCGUGGAUUUUGAUUACCGCGAAAUUUCAAUGGCUUCAUUGUAUUUGGCAGGCAAGGUUGAAGAAACAUUACUGAAAACAUGGUAUAUAGCAGGUGCAUUCAGCUCUGUUUUCCAAAAACAAAAAUAAGCUCCAUUGGACAUCAUAAUUAAAUAAGAAAAACUAAUUCUUAAGGAACUCGGAUUUGAAUUAUUUAGAGUUUCAGAUCAUCCGCAUAAGUUCAUAGAAUCAUUUUAUCAUUUUAUUAAGGUCGAUAAGCAGGUAGCUCAAAAGGCUUGGUAUUACUUGAACGAUUCAUACAUGACUGAUUUAUGCGUACAUUUUCCACCUUAAGUUAUUGCAGCAGGAGCUUUGUAUUUAGCAUUGAGGGUCUGUAAUCAUCCCAUGCCCACUUAACCAUGGUGGAUUCUAUUAGAAGCUACUUUAGCAUAAGUAGAGUAGGUAGCUGCCACCAUAUAUAAUAUUUAUGAAUUCGAAAAGUUGGACUUUAGAUAAGCAAGAAGAAUCUUAGCAAAAGCCAAUAGAGUAGCUUAUGUAAUUUAACAUAGCGAAAUCUAUGGCUUGCCUGAAAAGAUUGAAAGACCUUUAGAAACAAAAAAAUAGAAUUCUCUAUAACCAUUCUAAUAAUAAUCUUAAUAGCCUUAAUAAAUUCAAUAAGAGUCUUCACAAAAUAAUAAAGAGAAAUAAGAGCCUUCACCUAAUAAUAAAGAAAAAAAAAGUAUUAAAAAAAAAAGUAAAUCUAAGGAAAAAAAGAGCAAAGACAAAAAGAAUAAAUCUGAAAAAAAGAAAAACAAGGAUAAGGAUAAAGAGAAAGAGAAGAAAAAAGAAGAGAAAAAAAAGAAAAAGAAAAGUAGAUCUAGAAGCAAAUCUAAUGAUAAAAAGUUAUCAAAGAAAUAAAAGAAGAAAGAGAAGGAAAAAGAGAAGGAAAGUUAAAGAGAAAAAGAAAGAGAGAGAGAACGAGAAAAAGAAAAUGAGAAGGAUAAAGAUAAAGAAAUAAAAGAUUACAUUGUAGAGAAAGAUAAUUAAAAAUAGGAUUAGGAGAAUACCUUCAGUCGAUCAAAAUUCAACAAAAGAAUAAGAUCAAUAAUUAGAUAGAGGUAUGAUUAAAUCCAAUAUGGAGAUUGA